UCUUGUUGAUCGUUCAGAACGACAACGUUUUGCCUGUUUGGUGAAUCCAAUUUUUUCCUUUUUGGCGCCCAUAGUCGUCCUCGUCCUCCAAAGGCCAUGCCUCAAAGAAGGCGAAGCCAUGGAGAUCAUCUUACGGAAACCCUAGAUGUUACUCCUUUUUCUACAUUUUUUUUUAAAAAAAUUUAGUUAUCGAAUCUUGAACUGAAGAUUCCUCAGAAAUUCACGGAGAAGCCACAAAUUCGUUGUUUACUGUAAGAUGUUCGAUAAAAUGCCUGAAAGAAGCUCCGCUUUCUACAUGGCCAUUUCAUGAUCAGGAUAUGUGAAUUGUAAUGAUGCGAUGACUGUGAGGCUUCAACGCUCAUACUCACAGUCGCCUGAGUUCCUAUUACGACUCCUCCAAGGUUUAAUCAAACACCCCAAACAAAUCAAACAAGUCCAUUCCCUCCUAAUCACCAAUGGUCACCUCCUCCCCCGUUCAAAUGCUUCAAAUCUGAAAUGGAUGGCAACCCUUCUCUACAACUCCUUGAUCAGAGGCUAUCUCAACUUUGUGGAGCCUCACAAGACUCUCUUAAUCUUCACCCACAUGCUUGCCCAUCAAGCUCCACCUAACAACCUCACCUUCCCUUCUAUCAUAAAGAAAGCUGCCUCUUGCUCACCCUCUUUAGCUUUCAUGAUAGGCACACCCCUUCACACCCAUGUCAUCAAGCGCGGGUUAUCCCAUGAUCUAUUUAUACAGACGUCAUUGGUUGUGUUGUAUGCUCGACUUUGCAAGGUUUCUGAUGCUUGUCGUGUGUUUGAGGAAAUUUCCAGACCAUGUGUUGUGUCUUCCAAUGCAAUGCUUGAUGCCCUAGGCAAGAAUGGGGAUAUGGGGUCCGCUCUUUUUCUCUUUGAGAGCAUGCCUGAAAGAGAUGUGGUUUCAUGGACUAGUAUCAUUAAUGGUUUUGGGAGGAAUAGGUGCUUUGAGGAGGCAAUUCAGUUUUUUGUGAAGAUGAUGGGGCAUGAGGAUGUGAGAAGUUGUUUUGUAAAACCAAAUGAAGCUACAUUUGUUAGUGUUCUGUCUUCAUGUACUAAUUUAGAUGGGGUUGGAGCUUUGCAUCAGGGAAAACAAAUACAUGGGUAUAUUAUUAGGAAUGAGGUUGAAUUUACUGUGUUUAUGGGUACAGCAUUGAUAGCUCUUUAUGGGAAGACGGGGUGUUUGGAAAAUGCGAUGAAAAUUUUUAAUGGAAUGGUGGUUAAAGGGGUCUGCACUUGGAAUGCAAUGAUUUCUUCGCUGGCUUGUAAUGGCAGAGAGAAGCAGGCCUUGGACUUGUUUGAAAAGAUGAAGAUGCAAGGGCUGUGCCCAGAUGAAGUUACCUUUGUUGCUGUUAUUACUGCUUGUGCUCGUUCCAAAUUUGUGGUGUUAGGUUUGGGAUUUUUCCAGUCAAUGUGGUGUGACUUUGGGGUUAUUCCAAGGAUGGUACACUACGGGUGCGUGGUUGAUCUUUUGGGCAGGGCUGGGCUAUUGGAGGAGGCAACUGGGUUUAUCAAAAGGAUGCCUUUUGAGCCUGAUGCCACUGUUCUGGGGGCUCUUUUGGGUGCUUGUAAGGUUCAUGGAGCCAUUGAGUUGGGAAAUGAAGUGGGUAGAAGGCUGUUGGAAUUGCAGCCGCAUCAUUGUGGUCGAUAUGUGACAUUGUCAAAUAUUUAUGCAGGGGGAGAGAUAUGGGGCCAUGCUGCUGAUUGGAGGAAAGCAAUGACAGAGGCUGGAAUUAGUAAAAUUCCAGCCUAUAGUAUGAUUGAUGUGAUGUAAACAUUUAGUGCCAGUCUCUUCCCCAACUUCGGGCAUUUCAGGAAGCAUUAAGUCUCAGUUCUAGAGCAUUAAGACAACAAUUUGGCUUGAGAAAAUUUGGAGAUGGACUAUAAAGAGAUUUUGAUCAAAGAUGCGUCAAUUUCAUGGUUGUGUAGUGUCUGAUUCUUGUUAAGGGGGGAAACGAACUGAAGUGCUAGCAAGAAGGAUGAGCUCAAGAUGACUUAUUACGUGCUAGUGCAGUUGCAGGCUUUCAUCAACUUUAGUCCACUUGAUGAUUGAUGGCAAUUAGGUGACCCUUAUUACCAUUCCUUUGAUGGCAUUCAGCCUGCUAUUUCAACUACUUCAGAGUUUUAACACAAGUGGGCUUUAAGUGGCACUUCACCUCAGAAUCUUGUUGCUGAACUUUACUCACUGGUCCACUUCCUGCAAAUAAUCCCAUACUUGUAUUACUUGUCCAAGAUCUGUGAAAUGUGGAGCAAUUGAUUAUAGGUAUGGUUCCAGGCAGUUUAUGAUCUCUUUGCCCCAUCUGAAUUCACAUGCUUAUCUUUGAAGCUGCCAUGAUGUAUGGUUGUUUGAAUAAACCGUGAAUUCUGAUGCAAAUGAAGUAGUGGCUCAUACCUGAUUCCUAAAUUGGAGGGAUGUUAGAGUAGAUGAUGGGUUACGGUUUAAGAGUUCUAUAUUGUCAAUAUAGUAGUUCUAAAAAUCUUAAUCAUUUGAUAUUUUGAUAAUCAAGAUCAAUCCACUGUUGUGCACUAGUCAAUUUGAUUAUUUGAUUAUCCCGUUGCUUGCAUCACAGUAAUUUUCAUAAGGAAAGCACACAAUCCAACAUUUAGUUAGUUCCAUUGCCCCAAAGAGAUGUUCUGUAAAUUUGAUUUUCAUCACCUGUUAAAGUCUCAACUAUUGAUUUAAUUUAGCUAUUCGGAGCAUCUUCUCAGCAUAGUUAGAGUUUACUAGUUUAGUUGAAAAGAGUGUUAUGAUGAUGAAUUGGUGAUCAAGCCCUAAUAUGUGAAGAUAGUGCAAUUCCAUUCCAAAAGAUUAGCAUGGCAGAGCUCCAUCAUUAGUUAAAUAGAUUUAAAUAUGCGAUGCCUGUCUCUGGUUCAACCAAAAGAUUGGUUAAAAAUCAUCUGAUGAUUAAAAUUAUCUGACAUACAGUUGGACUUUGUCCAGCAGACCACCCCAUAUCUGGAACCCCCUACGAUCACACUAAACACUCUGCUCUCCUUGCUGACAGUUGACUAUCCGGCUAACAAGCUAGCUUGCUAUGUAUCUGAUGAUGGCUGUUCGCCUCUCAGCUUCUAGGCUCUCCUUGAAGCAUUGAAUUUUGCUAAGCUUUCGGUUCCUUUCUGAAAGAAGUAUGGUAUUUGCACUAGAGCUAGUGCGCUAUUCUGGUGAGCUUCAAUCAUUCAGUGAUAAUUCAGUGGAGUUUCUACAAGAAUAGAGAAAGAUGAAAGUGAUUGAAAGUUGGAACAAUUUUUUAUCUUUUCUACUUUUGAUUCCAAUUGGUAAAAUGCAGAUGAUUCUAGCACUAAGAAUUUUCUUUUCCUUUAAAAUUUUGAGACCUCAGACCUUGAAUUUCAGUCACCAGUGACUUUCACGGGAAAAAACAUUUUUUCUCGGCUUUAAAAGCAUACAAUUAUAAGGUUAAUGUUUGUUUUAUUUGUGGACCCUUUCUCUAGGUUGAUCGUCAGAGGUUCCGUGGCCAAUACCGGCUGGAGUUCUCACCUUGAAUUAUGUGACUGCAGAGUCUGAUUCAUCGAGCCAAAUCUAAGGACAUACCAAAACAUUGGACUAAAAGAAAGUUUUAGAAUGUAAGAACUUUAUUUUUUUUGUGUUACAAACUGGACUCAUUUGGUUGCUGAGAAAAUGGGAGGAAAACACAUGUGAGAUUGAAUCCUAUUAGAGUUUGUUGACCCAAAAAGCUUGCAGUGUAAAUUAUAAUUAUGAGA